AUGGCCAAAGGGAGGCGUUUCAAGCCUGCUCUAGACAAGGAUGGAAGAUGGUUUCCUCACAUUGGAUUAACACAGAAGACACCAGAAUCUAUUACCAGUGGGAUGUUAAAAGAGCCCCACUGUCCACAUUUGAUCGGGCAAUUGGAGAGUAAACUGCCACCAAUAUUCAAAAUCCGGGAGAAGCAAGCGGUCAAUAACAGCUUCCCCUUCUCCAUGCACGACAAUCGCCACAGUUUGGAGAACACUGGAUACUAUUUUGACACUGGCCUGGGUCGUAAGAAGAUUUCUGCAGACAAAGGGCAACAUGUUUCUAGAAAUUUCAAUCUCUGGGCUUGUGACUACAUUCCAUCUUGUCUUGAUGGCUUUCCAAAUAAGCCACUACCAGGUGUGUGCACGGAGGCUGUGGUGAUCUCCAGCUUCAGACGCUUCCCGAGAUGUUACAGUGAGGGGUGGAGUGCUCUUAAGUUAAUUCCAGAGACAAGCUGUGCAGAGUUAUUAAAACGAAAAUCAAAAAAUGUGCGCCUGCUCUCAUUGGCUGGGAAAAAACGUAGCCUGAGCCUAAUUGGCCAGAGGGUUGACUACGCCUUCUGUGUUGAAAUCUGCAGGCCAUUUGCCAUCUCCGUGAAGAUGGACGUGAUUAUCAUUGAAACUGGAGUUUCCAGACGCCAGGCCUGA